AUGGCUGCGUCCAUGGCACGGCUCUUGUGGCCUUUCCUGGCUCGCCAGGGGCUCCGGUUCCGAGGACGCUGCGUGUGCAACCAGAACCCAAGGAGGAGUUUCGCUACAGAAAAACGAGUUCGGAACCUCCUGUACGAACACGCACGCGAGGGGUACAGCGAGCUUCCUUACUUAGACAUGGAGUCGGUGUGCGCAUGCCCAGAAAAGGCCGCGCGCUCCCUGGAGCUCCGCAAGGGGGAGCUGCGGCCGGCCGACCUGCCUGCGAUUAUCUCCACGUGGCAGGAGUUGAGGCAGCUUCGGGAGCAGAUCCAGAGCCUGGAGGCAGAGAAGGAGGCUGUGGCAGAGGCAGUGCGGGCCCUGCUGGCAAAGCAAGACAGCAACCAAGUGCAGAAGGACCCCCAAUAUCAGGGCCUUCGGACCCGUGGCCGGGAAAUCCGGAAGCAGCUCACACCCUUGUACCCCAGAGAGACCCAGCUGGAGGAAGAGUUCUACCAGCAGGCACUGAGGCUGCCCAACCAGACCCACCCGGACACGCCUGUUGGGGAUGAGAGCCAGGCUAGAGUGCUCCGUGUGGUGGGUGACAAGCCGGCUUUCUCCUUCCAACCCCGAGGCCACCUGGAAAUUGGCGAGAAACUGGACAUCAUUCGACAGAAGCGCCUGUCUCACGUGUCUGGCCACCGGUCUUAUUACCUGCGCGGGGCUGGAGCCCUCUUACAGCACGGCCUGGUCAACUUUACCCUCAGCAAGCUUGUCAGCAGGGGCUUCACACCCAUGACGGUUCCAGACCUUCUGAGAGGAGCUGUGUUUGAAGGCUGUGGAAUGACACCAAAUGCCAACCCAUCCCAGAUUUACAAUAUUGACCCCUCCCGCUUCGAAGACCUCAACCUGGCUGGGACAGCAGAGGUGGGGCUGGCAGGAUACUUCAUGGACCACGCAGUGGCUUCCAGGGACCUUCCAGUCAGGAUGGUCUGUGCCAGCACCUGCUACCGGGCAGAGACAGACACCGGGAAGGAGCCUUGGGGGCUGUACCGAGUCCAUCACUUCGCUAAGGUGGAGAUGUUUGGGGUGACAGGCCCUGGGCUGGAGCAGAGCUCGCAGCUGCUGGAGGAGUUCCUGUCUCUGCAGGUGGAGAUCUUGACAGAGCUGGGCUUGCACUUCCGGGUGCUGGACAUGCCCACCCAGGAACUGGGCCUUCCUGCUUACCGCAAGUUCGACAUUGAGGCCUGGAUGCCUGGCCGAGGCCGCUAUGGGGAGGUCACCAGCGCCUCCAACUGCACAGACUUCCAGAGCCGCCGUCUGUACAUCAUGUUUGAGACAGAGACUGGGGAGCUGCAGUUCGCACACACGGUGAAUGCCACCGCUUGUGCUGUUCCCCGAGUCCUCAUUGCCCUCCUGGAGAGCAACCAGCAAAAGAGAGUCCCGAUUCUCCACCAUGCUGUUCCGUGCACCCACCUCUACAGCGUUGCUGCUGCUGCCUCUGCCCCCGCUGCUGGCAUUGCUGCUGGGGGCUGCUUCCUCAGCUCCCCUGACACCGAGACCCUCCAAAGAGGUGAGCAGAGCCCUUCCUUGCCCUCUCCAUCCCGCUGAGUCCCUUCUGCCCAACUUCUCUCGGUAUCCCCACCUCUUUUGAUCCUGUAGCCACUCUGUUCUCCCAAAUCCCUUACAUUUGCCCUUCCUCUGACCACUCAUCCUUGCUCCCAGCUAACCCGCUGUCUAGCAGAGGUGGUGAUGGAGGUGCUGACACUGGGCCAGGCCCAGAGAGGCCCCUGCACAGCUCUGCUCCACAAAGGUAGGGAUACCCCAAUUCCCCUCAGAAUUCCCAAGAUCCUUUUCCUACCUCCCUACUAUCCCAUGUGCAUGGUGGAAGAAUUCCCUGGCCUGAAUUAGUGUGGUACUACUCACAGCCCCAACUGAAAGAACCUGGCUCCCUUGAAGCUCCCAGCAGGAUAAGGACUGGGCAGAGAACAUCUGCAGCCCGUAACUCCCCCGUCAGCGCUAAACAGUUCCCAUCAUGAUGUCAGGAAGCCCUCAACUCUUCAGGGACUGUGUCCCAGUUGGCUACACUAGGAGCAUCCUAUCUUUUCCCCCCGCUAGAGAUAUUCGAGACAGAGCCCCAAGGCUGUGCGUCCCCUGAGGAGAAGAGGCUGCUGGGUGGGGACUUCAACAAGCAGGAGUCUGAAAAGAUGAGAUCCAGCCAGGAGAUAAGGGGUGAGGAGGAGGAGGAGGAAGAAGCAGAGAGGACCCACAAGUCUGAGGUUCAGGAACAGGCAGUCCACACGCACCUCCACAGUCAGCUUCACCAGGAG